CGAAAGUAAACAUAUUUAUUUAGUGAUAUAUCCGUAAAUUCUACAUCAUGAGUGCGCUGAUGAAACGGCUCACAAAGAGCAAAACAUCCAAACAAAAUGACCCGUCAAACACAAACCCCACCAUGUCUGAUGACGACACCGACUCGAUUAACAUGGAAGAUCUGGAAGAGGAAGAGGAUAUCACUGACGAACGAGUAAUUAAACUCAAUAAUGAGACCUUCAUGGAUGAACAAGGGUUCCCGCUCAACAGAGUGCGGACUACGAAAUAUACAAUACUGACUUUCCUGCCCAUCAACUUGUUCGAGCAGUUUCACCGGUAUGUACAUAUGUGUUU